AUGUCAUAUCCUCAUGAUGCUGCAAUAGCUGCUUUCGUGAAAUCUUUUCACUUGGAUUGGUCACCAACAACAAUUAAACCUGCCAUCAUGACCACAACAAGACCCACAAAUGGUUCUAAUAAUGAGGAUCAAAUUGGUGAAUGUGCUUAUAGGUCAGAGCAUGGUAACCCUGAGAAAGCUCUUGAUCUUGGCCUUAUAUAUGACAUUCAUAAGGAGGACUAUGUGCAAUUGUUGUGCAAUUUGGGAUAUGAUAAUCAAACAAUCAAAAUCAUAUUUGGAGAAAGUAUCUCUUGCUCUCGAGCUCGUGAUGGAUCUUUAGUGAGGAAUUAUAAUCAUCUUACACUUGUUGUUGUUGUUGAGCCUAUGACAUCUUUAAGUGAUGUCUUUCAUAGAACAAUCACAAAUGUUGGGACUGCAACCUCCAAUUACACAACAACUGUGUUGCCAAAUUGA